CCCUCAAUGUUCAAGACAAAUCUACGCCCUUGGUAGUGCGCAUGCAUUUCUAGAAAAUUCUUGAGUCGGUCUUCUUUGAGCUUAUGAGUCAGUCAGUGUUUUGGUCAGGGGAUUAUAGCGUCACCCGUUGGAAGAGCUUAAUGAAAGUGAGGUGUCUCUGCAUUAGAAGUCUGCACUUCCUUGACCGCUCACUACAAGAAGCUGUUUCACAACUCUUAACCGUCUUCACAUCACAGAAGUUUCAGAAUGUCUCAACAGAUCAGCCUCCCAGCCAAACUGAUCAAUGGUGGCAUUGCGGGCAUCGUUGGGGUCACUUGUGUGUUUCCCAUUGAUUUAGCCAAGACCAGACUACAGAACCAGAGACAAGGCCAGCAAGUUUACAAGAACAUGAUUGACUGUCUGAUCAAAACGGUACGAUCUGAGGGAUAUUUUGGCAUGUAUAGAGGUGCUGCGGUUAAUCUGACAUUGGUCACUCCUGAAAAGGCCAUCAAACUGGCUGCCAACGACUUCUUUCGGCAUCACCUUGCCAAAGAUGGGAGAGGGCUGUCUGUAUUUAAAGAGAUGUUGGCUGGAUGUGGUGCUGGCAUGUGCCAAGUUGUCAUUACUACACCAAUGGAGAUGCUAAAAAUUCAGCUACAGGAUGCUGGAAGACUAGCUGCACAGCAGAGAAAGCCAGGCAUCCUCUCUCCCAAAAGACUGGUGGCCACAAACACAGUGUUGAGUCGCUACUAUAAUGUCGUGCCCAGCUCUGCACCCAGGGCCAUAUCUGCUACCCAGAUCGCAAGAGAGCUGCUGCACACUCAAGGCAUUCAGGGUCUCUACAAAGGCCUUGGCGCAACUCUACUGAGAGAUGUGCCCUUCUCAGUGGUCUACUUCCCUCUCUUUGCAAAUUUGAACAAAUUGGGUAAGCCCUCCCCUGACAGCGUGGCGCCAUUUUAUUGGUCGUUCCUGUCUGGUUGUGUUGCUGGUUCCACCGCUGCUGUGGCUGUUAACCCAUGUGAUGUGGUUAAAACCAGACUGCAGUCUCUGAACAGAAGUGCCAAUGAGGAUACCUACAGUGGGAUAAUUGACUGUUUCAGAAAAAUUAUGAAGCGUGAAGGGCCAUCUGCUUUACUAAAGGGGGCGACCUGCAGGGCUCUAGUCAUUGCACCGCUGUUUGGCAUUGUGCAGGUCAUGUACUUUAUCGGGGUUGGAGAGUUUAUCUUGAGCCAGUCCCCUCUAAAGCUAAUCUCUGACUGAAUACACCCCAGUACCUCUCCAAGAUUCAACUAAGUGUAUGGCAGCUACACAACAACCAACUGUACAUUUACAACCAAGAUAAACAUUAAUCAAGAUUGUACAGUUGCUGUGGGAGGGCCAACUUUACACUGGUUAUGUAAGAGUUUUUCUAUCCUUACUGCACUUCCUGUGGUUUACACUGCUUAUUUGAUGAGCUGUGUGUGGCCAGAAUUUGCACUUGUUGGUAAGGAUACGUCUGGACAAGGGCGUGUAAGAUGUGCUUACAUUUUCAAGAAGCAUAUAUGAAAGUGUCCCCUCAGUGAGGGAGACUGGUGUUGUUGUAAUGACACUACAUUCAACAAUUAUAGAUUUUGUUGACUUAUUUUCAUCAAUUCACUUUCUACAACCCUCUUUUUGUAUGUAUGUAUGUGUGUGUGUGUGUGUGUAUAUAUAUAUAUAUAUAUAUAUAUAUAUAGUAUGUAUAUGUGAUUUGUUUCCAUGUACAAGGAUUUUCUGUUUCUGUCAAUGAUACAACUUUCAAUGUUUAAACAACUGGGUGUUCAGGAAGCUUUUCAAAGCAUUCAGACUUAAAUUGUUAUUAUUUUUUUAGGGAAUGUCAUGAACUUUCAUUCCACUGCAUUUCAUUCCAUCAAACACCCGCCAACUGUUUCUGUUCUUGAGAUGGUUUUGGGGAGACUACAACAAGGCUCCAUGGCCUAAAAUGUGUUAACCAGGAUUACCUUGAUGACUCCAAAACCAAGAUACAUUUAAUUUAUGCCACAUAUAUAUGCAAUUUUGUUACAUUGACAAUACGCAUCUUGUUUUUCUUUUUUUUAGAAAAAGCUUUUGUUGAAUUAUUUUGUUCUCUGGGAUUUUGAAUCCCAUUUCAUGUUGUUUGCCUUAAACAUGGUUGACAAAACUCUGCACAGGGGUUGGAGGGACUCAAAAGCUAGAUCUUUAAAUGCUGUAUUGUUUUUUCCAUCCAAUACUACAAUAUCCACAAUAUGUCACUUCAAUGCAACAUGUAGACUCAACAUUGCAAAAAUGAAUAAAAAAAAUGUCAACA